AUGGCUGGAUUGUUCUGUUUUCCUCCUCUACGCUCGACAAUUAACGCCCCAAUUCUUCCACACAAUGGGAUUACGCGCCCAAAUGACCCUAUCAUAUAUCACCCAUUUCCAUUUUCAACACGUGCCCAGGUUGUAUCCAGAAAGGAUCGUUCACGCAGCAGAACCAGGGCUCUAAGGGAGUGGCAGGAAUACGAGGAGGCGGUGAAGCAUAAAGACCUGGCCAAAGCUCUCAGAUUCUUGAAAGAUAUACCCAUUGAAUCUGAAAAUUCUUUGAUUGAGUCAACCCAGUUGUCGGGUGGUGAGUUGGGUUUGUUUGGAUCAGAUAGGGAUUGGGAGGUUCUGGACACGUGCUUGAAUGCUGAUGAUAUGAGGCUGGUGGGUAGUGCUUAUGCUUUUCUGAAAGACAGGGGGUUCUUGCCCAAUUUCGGAAAAUUCCGCAAUAUUGUAUUGGAGGGACCAAGAGAAGUUACACCAACUGUGUUGAAGACUUCAACUGGUUUAGAAGUGUCAAAAUUUUCACCAAAAAAAUGGGGUGUUUCUGGAAGCUCUAGUGUUGUUUCGAUCUUUCUGUUUGCUGGAGUGUCUUUUCUUCUGAAUCAAGGAAUAGAUAUCAGACCUAACCUAGCAGCAGUAUUGGGGCUGGCCAUGUUAGAUGCUAUUUUUCUUGGUGGUUCAUGCUUAGCCCAAAUCUCAAGUUACUGGCCUCCAUAUAAGCGUCGCAUUUUAGUGCAUGAAGCUGGUCAUCUUCUUGUAGCAUACCUGAUGGGUUGCCCAAUUCGAGGUGUAAUUUUAGACCCAAUUGUUGCAAUGCAAAUGGGCAUUCAGGGGCAGGCAGGAACUCAGUUUUGGGAUGAGAAACUGCAAAAUGAGCUUGCUGAAGGCCGUGUUAGUGGCACUGCCUUUGACAGGUAUUGCAUGGUUCUCUUUGCUGGGAUUGCAGCAGAGGCUCUCGUCUAUGGGGAUGCUGAGGGUGGAGAAAACGAUGAAAACCUUUUUAGGAGCAUCUGUGUUCUUCUGGAACCUCCACUCUCUGUUGCACAGAUGUCAAAUCAAGCGCGUUGGUCGGUGCUUCAAUCUUACAAUCUGCUCAAAUGGCAUAAACGUGCUCACAGUGCUGCUGUCAAAGCUCUUGAAAAUGGAAGCAGUCUGAGUGUAGUCAUACGGAGAAUUGAGGAAGCCAUGUCUUCUAUUUGA